AUGUCGGAUCCCGAUUUGUUUCAUCGCGAGCGAAAUCGCUCUUUGCAGGCGCGAAUUUUCGACGUCUUUCGCAAUCCGCCUCCAACCAGCGCUCCUAAUUGCUCAGCAGAACAUGCUGGUACUACCCAGGCUCAUGGAGCUUCUACAACAGGUUACCCACCUGGAGAGAGAACUCGUCUGCUAGAGUCAUACCACCGCCGAGAACCUUUGUGCGGUUUGAGAGGCUUCUGUGACCACGGCACAUUUUCCCCCCGGCUGGAACAGGGCGAAGGCCAAGCAUGGGAUACGGGCUCAAUGAACGGAAUUGGAAAUAGUGGAAGGCCUGGGCAUCCAGAAGAAACUGGUCCUACCGGAAAUUCUGAUUCUGUUCAAGGCCCAGAGAAUAUUCCAUCGAUGGAAUCGUCGACUUCGAGUUUACCCACGAAGAAUUGGACGUCUUUAUAUGUGUAUAUAUCCUACUAUGUUCCUUUUUUCAAUUGGAUCACUCAGUACCGUCUGUCCUUCCUUCGAGGGGACUUGAUCUCAGCGAUGACUGUUGCAUCAAUCUAUAUUCCAAUGGCAUUGUCCUUGUCUUCAAAUCUGGCGCAUGCUCCCCCUAUCAAUGGCCUCUAUUCGUUCGUUUUUAAUCCUCUCAUAUAUGCGGUAUUGGGAAGCAGUCCGCUAAUGAUAGUCGGCCCCGAAGCGGCCGGCUCUUUGCUGACCGGUACUAUCGUCAAAGCCAGUGUGAGCCAAGGGUUAUCCCGAGAAGAUGACGAAGCCGCAAGUGCUAUGGUCGUCGGGGUGGCUACGGCCAUGGCAGGCUCCAUGAUCUUGGUCGCCGGUCUCACUCGGUUAGGGUUCCUGGACAACGUCUUGAGCCGGCCUUUUUUGAGGGGUUUCAUCACAGCUAUUGGCUGUGUCAUAUUUGUGGACCAGCUCAUCCCCGAGGUGGGACUCUCAGAUCUAGCGAAGGGUACGGGCGUGAGCCAUGGGAGCACUGUUGACAAGCUGGUGUUUUUAAUGAGCAACAUCAGUGAGUUCCAUGGCCUUACGACUGCUAUGUCUUUCGGCAGCUUCAUUAUUAUCAUGGUAUUUCGGACUCUCAAAAAGUGGCUGCAUCCCCGAUAUCCCCUCGUUGUUUACUUUCCGGACCGUAUCAUGGUGGUCAUCAUUUCGGCUAUCCUAACGUGGCACCUGGGUUGGGAUAAGCAAGGACUUGAAAUUCUGGGUCCAACAAAGAACACUGCCAAUGGCGUUUUCGCAUUUAGCUGGCCGUUCCAAGUCCGACAUAUGAAACAUGUGCGAACCGCAAUGAGUACCUCUUUCAUCAUUGCACUACUUGGAUUUUUCGAGUCCUCGGUUGCUGCCAAAGGACUAGGUUCGGCUAGACAGGCCGGCGUACAGGGGAUGUCUGUCAGCGCCAACAGAGAGAUGGUGGCACUCGGUGCGGCAAAUGUUGUCGGUGGUUGCUUCAUGGCGCUACCAGCAUUCGGUGGAUACGGGAGAAGCAAAGUCAAUGUUUCGACCGGUGCGCGGUCCCCAAUGAGCAGCAUACUGCUGAGUAUCAUCACAUUUAUUUGCAUCAUGGUGCUUUUGCCGUAUCUAUAUUAUCUUCCGAAAGCUGUACUUUCUGCCAUGAUAUCUGUUGUGGCCUUCUCUCUAAUUGAGGAGUGUCCUCAUGAUUUAGCCUUCUUUAUACGUCUGCGUGGUUGGACAGAACUAGUGCUGAUGGGUCUCAUUUUCGUCUCAACUAUUUUCUAUUCUUUAGAAUUAGGAAUUGCACUUGGCUUUGGCCUCUCUAUACUGAUCCUCAUUCGUCACUCCACCCAACCUCGAAUUCAGAUCCUUGGGAAGGUAUCCGGCACAUCUGACCGGUUCGAAAACGCUGAACUUCACCCUGAGAAAGUGGAAUUGGUCGAAAGUGCUCUGAUUGUCAAGAUUCCAGAGCCGCUCACCUUCGCGAACACCGGAGACCUCAAAAACCGACUUCGUCGACUAGAACUAUAUGGUACCAAUCGAGCGCAUCCUUCCCUUCCUCGAAUACGGCCCGCUGAGCAUAACAAGAAUAUGAUUUUUGACGUGCACGGGGUCACCAGUAUCGACGGCUCGGGGACGCAAGUCCUAUUCGAAAUUGUGGACAGCUACGCCGAUGAGGGUGCCAGGGUUUUCUUCUGCCGCCUUCCCAAUCGCGACGUCUUCCACAUGUUUGAGAGAAGUGGUAUAGUUGAUCGUUGUGGAGGCAUGACUCAUUUCGUUUCGCGUGUUGAUGAGGCACUCAGGCUUGCUGAAUCGGAGCAAACGUUAACUGCCUAA